AUGGAGCUGGGUGAAGACAUGGGUUCGUAUGAGUGGGAAACGGCGCUCAAACAUCUGGUGAAGGUAUUCGUGAAGAAGCGCCCUGGAAGGGCGAGGGAAGCGUAUCUGGGGAGGGAUCUCGUCUUCUGGAUUGAUGCAUUGUCGUGGAAGGAGUGCGGGUAUCGCGAGGAGUGGAAGGACUGGCUGGAUCAACUGCGUUCUGUCAAUCUUUCAGGUGAAAUGAAGCAUGCACGCCCUUUUGUCUCACAUCCGCAAGUGGUCACGGUGUUUUUGGCAUUAUGUUUGGUACAUGAAGGAAAUGUAACCGAAGAAAAGACUACCUUUUCCCUUAAGAGUUUUGUCUUCUAUGCUGAAACUUGA